AUGACAGCCAUUGCGCCAAAAAGAGCCCAGCGCGAACAAUUUCGCGCCGCUCGAGACACGGAGAAUGCUGGUGGACUCCCCCGCAAGCGAUUCUACCGCCAGAGAGCGCACGCGAACCCAUUCUCAGACCACGCCUUGGAAUACCCUGCGUCCCCAGAGGACAUGGACUGGGCAGAGUACUACCCCAACUACGUAGCAGAAUCCACAGCCGACGAGGCCAGCUCAAGUCGACCAAGACCGCUGAAGCAGCAUAUCGAGAUUGUCGACAUUGGCUGCGGCUAUGGUGGCCUUCUCGUGGCUCUCUCCACCGUCCUACCAGACAAGCUGAUGCUCGGCCUCGAGAUUCGCUCCCAAGUCACCGCAUAUGUCCAGGAGCGCAUCUACGCGCUGCGCAAGCAGCUCGCCGGCGGCUACCAAAACGCAGCGUGCAUCCGCGCCAAUUCGAUGAAGUUUCUGCCCAACUUUUUCCGCGCGGCGCAGCUCAGCAAGAUCUUCAUCUGCUUCCCGGACCCGCACUUCAAAGCCCGCAAGCACAAGGCGCGCAUCGUUUCGACGACGCUCAACUCCGAGUACGCGUUUGUGCUGCGUCCCGGCGGCAUCGUGUACACCAUCACCGACGUCGAGCCGCUGCACUUGUGGAUGGUCGAGCACUUUGACGCCCACCCGUCGUUUGAGCGCGUCGCGGAGGACGAGGCCGAGAGCGACCCGUGCGUGGCGGUCAUGAGGGCCGAGACGGAAGAGGGAAAAAAGGUGGCCAGGAACAAGGGCCACAAGUUUGUCGCCCUGUUCCGGCGGAGGGAGGAUCCGCCUUGGUAG